AUGGCGGACAAUAACCACAGUGCAGAAAUCAUUGUGUCAGAUGUCCACAAGAGGAUCAAAGCAGCUUUUGAAGCGUUCGACUACGAGUCUAACAACACAGUGGAUGUGCGGGAGAUUGGCACCAUCAUCUAUUCCCUGGGCUGCUUCCCCACUCAGACAGACCUACAUGACUUUAUAGCACAGGUGGAAGAGGACCACACAGGAUAUAUCCAUUUGGACAAGUUCCAGCCAGCCAUGACUAAAGUGCUGCUGGAGCACAAGUUCCCCCCCAUCCCUGAAGACCUUCUGCUUCAGGCCUUUGAGGUUCUGGAUAAAGAAAAGAAAGGAUACCUGGAGCCUGAGGAGCUGACAAAGUACAUGACACAGGAAGGUGAGCUCUUCACUCAGGAGGAGAUGGAUGAGAUGCUGACAGCACUCACUGACCAUGAUAAGAACCUCAUCUACUACAAAGACAUAAUCAGCCAGCUGACCAUUGACCCCGACCUGUAG